AUGCCCGCCGCCCCAAAGCAGAGAAAGAUCGCGAUUGUCGGCAGUCGCUCCGUCGGCAAAUCUUCUCUCACCGUCCGUUUUGUCGAGCAUCAUUUUGUGGAAAGCUACUACCCGACAAUCGAGAAUACUUUCAGUCGGAUUAUCAAGUACAAUGGCCAAGACUACGCCACUGAGAUUGUAGAUACUGCUGGGCAGGACGAGUACAGUAUCUUGAACUCGAAACACUUCAUUGGAAUCCAUGGCUAUGUCAUCGUGUAUUCGGUCACCUCGCGACAGUCGUUUGAAAUGGGAGCAGACGAAGUACCACUGGUGAUAGUCGGCAACAAGAGCGAUCUCAAGCCAGAACAACGACAAGUCUCUCUCGAUGAGGGCCGGCAAUUAGCAGAAGAAGUGAAAUGUGCAUUCACCGAAGCUAGUGCUUUCCUAGAUUUCAAUGUCUCCAGGGCCUUCGAUCUGAUGAUAGGAGAGAUCGAGAAGUCCCAGAACCCGUCUGAACCUACCGGCGGCAACAAGUGCGCUGUUAUGUGA